AUGUCCGAGUCUAACGAGCAAAAUGGUUCCGCCAGCAAAAAGCCAGAAAGUGUAAAAGAAAAUGGUGUCAAGGUAGAACUUGAUGACAAGACUAUGGCUCUACUAAAACAGAAUAAAAACAUGACUGAAACACAAGGACAUGAAGAGAGCAUUGGGAAUCAAGAAAUUCCGAUUUUUGAAAGGAUCGUGUUGAAUAAGUUUUACAGUUUCAUGAGUGAUGAAUCACCAAGUCAGGCUGGAAAUUCUCAUGCACCUACACCUAGUGAUUCCUCUCGUCAAGUAUCGAGGCGUUACACCACCAAACGAAGACCAGUAUCAAUUACGUAUUCACCUUCCGCAGCUCGACUUUCGGCUCCUUACAUUGAAGAACAACGCCCCGAGCGACCAGAAAUUAUGAAACAUUUGUCGAAUGAGCAAAUUGCUGGGAGUUCUGUGGUUCCCGAAGCCGGUCCAUCUGAAGAGAGCGAAGGAAAUACCCGAAGAUCUGCGCGGGAAAGUUUAAAAGCGAGUGUUCGCAAAGCAAUCAACUUGGCAAAUGUUAACAAAAUGUUUGCUACCUUUGAUAAUAAAGAACACUUGCAAACGGUGGAAAGCAUGGGUGUUCUAACGUUCCCUAGUGCUAUGAUGGUGCCGUUUUUAUGGAUGAGAAGAGAUCAUAGGGGGAAGAAAGCGCUUGCUAUCACAGAUUCAUAUGUCGAUGAAGAUUCCUAUAAUUGGCAAAGCACUUUUAGAAUUGAAUUGGAAUAUGGUGAUGUUAAAUGGGUAGUCAAGCGAACAGGAUUUGAUUUUAUUUAUCUCCAUGUCAAUCUGAGUCGAAGGGCGGAACUACCACCGAUUCCAAAAUUCCCUUCUGGUCUUAGUGCUUGGUUUAAGACAAAUGUACUACGUAAUUCCCGAUUUCAAGAGUCUGCACUUGGAAGACGCAAAGAACUGGAAAACUAUCUCCUCGAGUUGAUAAAACUCUUGUCUUUACAUGUUUCCUAUGAUCUCUACGAAUUUCUGGAACUCAGUGCGAUUUCUAUUACCACAGACAUGGGGUGGAAAGGCAAAGAAUGUUACAUGUUGACAAAGGUGGAACGAUUGAAGAAACCCAUAUGUUCUUUUAUAAGAUCAAGCGAAAAAUGGGAACGUGAAUGGGUGAUAGUUCGCGAUUCAUAUAUUGCAUUUUGCAGAGAUAUCAGCGAUACAACACCAGUCGACGUUUUCCUUCUGGACAAACAUUUCAAAUGUGAAAAACUUAUGCAACAAGGAUUCUCUAGAAUCUUGCAACUUCAUGAUCAUAUUAGUAUAGAAAAUAGUUUCAGACGAAUCGAGAUCAAGAGUGAUUCACGCCACAUGAAGGACUUCUUGGAAAGCAUCGAUAGAAUUAAAAUUUCUUCUCCAUGGGUUAAACAACAUAGAUUUGAUUCAUUCGCACCUAUCAGAGAAGAUACAAAAGUUAAAUGGUAUGUUGAUGGCAAAGAUUACUUUUACGCUGUUUCCCAAGCGCUGUUGGCCGCAAGAUCAGAAAUUUAUAUUGAGGAUUGGUGGUUGUCUCCGGAAUUGUAUCUCCGUAGACCUCCAUCUGAGAACGAAGAAUUUCGGUUAGACCGUUUACUCAAAAAGAAAGCAGAGGAAGGUGUAAUGAUAUAUAUCGUGGUAUAUAAAGAGGUGUCGUUAGCUUUGACUUUGGAUUCUCAUCAUACCAAAUUCUACCUCCAAGAUCUUCACAAAAACAUCAAAGUCCAACGUCAUCCGGAUCACAUUGGCAUUGAAGGGACAGUGUUUUGGGCGGUGAGCUCAGCAUUCUUUAUCAUAUUGUCGGGUACCCGUAAAGAUUUGGACAUUCAUCACGAGAAAAUGGUGGUUGUUGAUAGCCGUAUCGCUUUUAUUGGAGGGUUGGAUUUGUGUUUCGGACGUUACGAUACUCAUGCACAUGAGCUUUCUGAUUAUAAUGCGAGUAAUGAAAAUCCAACAAUAUGGCCCGGACAAGAUUUUUCCAACCCCAGGAUAAAAGAUUUCCAGAAUGUUUCCGAUUUUAAUGCCGAAAUUAUCGACAAAUCACAAUGUCCUCGCAUGCCAUGGCAUGAUGUUUCGAUUGGCAUGGUUGGUACUCCGGCUAGAGAUGUUGCUAGGCAUUUUGUGGAAAGAUGGAAUUUCGUUAAAGAAGAGAAAUCCAGUGAACGUGAGGAUUUACCUUUCUUAACACCAAAGGGCGAAUACGUCAGCACUCGAGACGAAAGUCAAUUCAAGGGAACUUGCAAAGUACAGGUCUUACGCAGUAGUGCAUUUUGGAGUAGCGGAGUCAAAGAUGAGAAUUCUGUCUAUAAUGCUUAUUGCGAAUGCAUUCGAUCCGCCAAACAUUUUAUUUAUAUCGAAAAUCAAUUCUUUGUUACAUCGACUGAAAAUGAUCCUGAUUACGCCAUUAAAAAUCGAAUCGGCGGGUUUCUUGUCGAGCGAAUUGUUAAGGCACAUCAUUCAAAGGAGAAAUUCCGUGUUAUCGUGGUUAUGCCUUUGUUGCCAGCAUUUGAGGCGGAGCUAAAAUCGAAAGAUGCCGGGACAAUACGUAUGGUUAUGCACUGGCAAUAUGUCUCAAUUUGUCGUGAUGGUAAGUCAGUCUUGGAAAAAAUAUCAAGUUUCGGAAUUAAUCCAGAAGAUUAUAUAUCAUUCUUCGCUUUACGAAAUUACGGCAAGAUCUUUCAUUCUGGAAAGGAUAAGGGAAAACAGAGUGAAAAUUCAAUUCUCAGAAAUUCAUCAGGCGGACCUGUUAUACCAAAUGGAAAUUUGGAGAAUGGCUCAGAAAAUAUAAUUCAUUCUCAGGAGAACACUGGGGAUUCAUUUUCAGAUGAGAGAGUACAUAUCGCCCCAAAUUCUGUUGGAAGUGACCCAGCUAUGCCUGCUGGAGUUGAACAAACCGACCCUAAUCAUAAUUAUGUAACAGAAGAAGUGUACAUUCAUAGCAAAUUGUUGAUUGUCGAUGAUCGUUGUGCUAUAAUUGGUUCAGGUUUGUCACAGCUUGGUGUUCGUGACUCAGAGAUUGCGAUUAUCGUGGAAGAUAUGGAAAAAGUGGAUUCACGCAUGGACGGCAAAGAGUACAAAGCUUCUAAGUUUGCAUAUACGUUGCGCAGCAACUUAUUUAAAGAGCAUCUUGGUCUUAUUGAACAUCAAGACCACUCUACACUUACAAAAAGCUGUUUACCACCGCUUCAACCCGAAAUAUUACUCGACCUGUUACAAGACAAAGACAAUAAACUUGGCACAUUAAUUGAUGAACAAGCAUCAAAAUCACCAAAUAAACAUCCGACAAAGCAUGACUUGGUAGUCAUGGAUCCAUUGUCUGAUGAAUUUUAUGCCUACUGGCAAACCACAGCAAAUCAUAAUACUGACACAUAUCGUUCAGUAUUUAGAUGUGUUCCUGACGAUAAUGUUGUUAACUGGGAGAGUUAUGAUCAAUUUGUACCUGACUCUACACUAGUUCCGACAGGCCAUGUAGCAAAUUCCAAGGCCAAUUUAGAAGAAGUCAAAAAUAAAUUAUCAAACAUUCGUGGGCAUUUGGUUAAUUUCCCACUUCACUUUUUGGAAGGCGAAAACUUAUUUGGGAGUGUAAUUUCAAAUGCAGUCACCCCCGUUGAAAUUUUCACAUAA